AUGGCCGGAUCCAUUUCGGAGGAUGCACUGCGGAACCUUCGCGCGUCUCCUAUGCGCGAAGAAAACGGUGUUGCAGUUGGCGCCGUAAGUCGUCUCGCACUUGAACGCGAGGCUCCAGACGAUCGGCAAGCGACUGGUCGAGUACGCUCAGGACUUGAGAGAGAUUGGGGCAGACUGGGGCAUCAACGAGAAAUUACAGGUCGACGCACUCCUGUGUGGGAUUCACAACUAUGUGUCUGCAGCGGUAGCGAGUGGACACGAUUAGCAGGCGUUUGA